ACGACCGCCUCUAGACUUUCCUUGUCUUAUUAGUCAGAGAAGUAUAAACCACUUCCCUCAACACUCUGAUCCUCAGAUGAGAGAAGGGCAGAGAGACAGGAGCAAAAUGCAACUAGCAUCAGUGGUACCCACAGCUGCCUCUCUCUCUAAACAGGUUUUGCAGCGGAAUAACUUCAAGAUUUUUGGGGAGCAUGAAGCAAAUGGCAACUUGCACAAGCCAGAUAAGGUAAAGCUGUUGAGAUUCUUGGCCCCACAUCUUGUGGCUGCAGUUGUAGCCUUAUCUCCCAUCUCCAAUCCUCCUGUGUCAUUAGGGGAGACACUAGAUGUGCAUAAAGGCGCCACCUUGUUCCGUCGGUCUUGUAUCGGAUGCCACGAUGCCGGAGGAAACAUAAUACAGCCUGGCGCGACGCUCUUCUUGGACGAUCUUAAAAGAAAUGGAGUUGACACGGAAGAGGAAAUCUAUCGAGUUACAUAUUAUGGGAAAGGAAGAAUGCCGGGGUUUGGACAGAAUUGCACACCUAGAGGUCAGUGCACAUUUGGGCCUCGAUUGAGUGAAGAUGAGAUUAAAUUAUUGUCCCAUUUUGUGAAGUCUCAGGCAGAUCAAGGUUGGCCCAACAUACAAAAUCAAGGAGAUUAGUGGCUUUUAAUUCGUUUCCUAUUGUAAUUAAUACGCUACUUUUUGCUAUAUUUUCAAUAUUUUAUGUCAAUAAAAUUUUCAUUUUCUUA